GAUCAACAAAAAAACUUGAAAUUAAUUGACCUUUAAGUUUGGACGAUCAAGAACAUUUCAAGCGGAGAAAAAUUUUAACUGUAAAAAUAGCAAAGGAAAACGAAAGAAGAGAAAGAAAUUCAGUUAAAAAGUAGAACAAAUAUCGCACUUAUACAAGGUGGUACUUAAAAUGCCAACAUUGCUAAGCGAAGUUCCAAAAAUCGAAGAGCAUCCAAAAUCCUGCGUAGUCGAACUAGGUGAUGAUGUGUGCCUGAUGUGUAAAGCUACUGGCAAAAACUUACAAUUUAAAUGGUUCAAGAAUAGUAGAUGCUUGUCCAAUGAGAGAGGAUCAAAACUUCAUCUCCAUAAAGUGACACUUCAAAAUGCUGGUCGAUAUUCAUGCUUAGUCAGCAAUAAUAAAGAGUCAUUAUUAACGUGGGCAAUUGUUGAUGUUUUGACAAUCGUAAAUAAAAAUAGAAUGCUGUUUUAACUUCAGCAUCAACAGAUGUUUUUGAAAAUAAACCAUAUGUUACAACUGGACAGAUUGAAUAAAUUUAACCUGUUUGCAUCAGUGACAUAAGCUAAAUAGCUUUGUUUCUAGUUUCAUAGGCGAAUAUGUAAUCAAUUAAACUUAUGAGAAAGCUAAUCAUUGCAAUAAUAAGUAAUUCCGAUCAUUUCAAUUGAUCUGACUUUUUCACUGUAUGGCGACGAUUGCUCAUAACACGAAAGCAAUGCAAAAUUCUCUUGUUUGCAAGAUAUGAUCUAAUUGUAAAUAUGUUCUGUAAAUAUUUUUCAAACUUUGUGUAAAUUUUUUGGAUAUAAGAAUAAAAAUUCCUUUUUA